GAAGUGAGUCCCGCACCGAAAGGUGCCCCACCCGCCCAAUGGGCGCCAGCGCUGUGUGUUCGCCUUUCGGUUCCGCCGUCUGGACAGCCGGUUCCGGAGCCUGCGGACAACCUUUCCUGGGAGGUUAUGGAUAGGAGAAUCCCAGAUUUCCGGGUAUGGUGGAAGGUUUAGCACGAUGUUGCAGUCUGCAUGGAGUUUGGACAACACUUUACCAGUGCCAAAGCUCCCUCAACAUUGGGCAAGGGCUGUUAUUGGUGCACUAGCCCUUCUGUGUUUUGGCAUUAGUUACGAUGGAGACUUUGUCUUUGAUGAUUCCGAAGCCAUUAUCAAUAAUAAGGAUCUUAGACCAGAGACAUCACUUAGCAACCUUUGGGAACAUGACUUCUGGGGAUCUAACCUGAUCAGCAACACCAGUCAUAAAUCCUAUCGACCAUUCACAGUGCUUACAUUCCGGUUGAAUUACCUGAUAGCUGGAGGAUUGCAUCCAGUUGGAUUCCACGUGGUCAACAUUGCACUUCACAGCGUGAUUUCUGUGAUGACCCUCGAUGUGUUCUCGGUGCUUCUCGGUGGUCUUGAGCAUGAUGAGAAAGGGAGGCUGAUCAGCAGAGCACCCAAAGCGUCAUUUCUAGCUGCACUGUUCUUUGCUGUGCAUCCGAUACACACAGAAAGUGUUGCUGGGAUUGUUGGCAGGGCAGACCUCCUCUGUGCUCUAUUCUUUCUAUUGUCCUUUAUCAGCUAUUGUAAAGCCUUCAGAAAAUAUGAUGCAGAAGGAGAGUUCUCCUUUUACUGGAUCUUUGCCAGCUUGUUGCUUUGUGCAGUAGCGAUGCUUUGCAAGGAACAGGGUAUCACAGUGCUGGGUGUGAAUGCAGUUUUUGAUGCGCUUGUGAUCUGUAAAAUGGAUAUCCUGCAACUAGGCACUGCACUGUUACGAAAAGACAAAAUGUCCGAGACACCCCUACCAUGGAAAAGAGGAUUUUUUACCCGAAUCCUGCUGGUGGCAUCUGGUGGGACUGCCCUGCUGUAUGGCCGCUGGCGGAUCAUGGGCACAGGGCCCCCAGCUUUCACUGAAGUGGAUAACCCGGCAUCGUUUGCAGACAGCGCUCUUGUGCGGGCUAUUAAUUAUAAUUACUACUACUCUCUGAACACAUGGUUAUUAGUCUAUCCCUGGUGGCUGUGCUUUGAUUGGUCAAUGGGCUGUUUACCUCUGAUUAAGUCAAUCAGUGACGUUAGAAUAUUUGCCCCUCUCGUACUUUGGUUCUUCCUUAUCGGGAUCGUAUGUCAAGCUUUAUGCUCCACAAACACAGAUGAAAGAAGAAUCCUUGCCUCUGGAAUCACUCUUUUGAUCAUCCCGUUCCUUCCGGCAUCGAACAUUUUCUUCCGAGUAGGAUUUGUGAUUGCUGAGAGGGUGAUAUAUCUCUCCAGUGCAGGUUACUGCCUGCUAUUGUCUUAUGCCAUUUGUAAUUUGUCGAGACAAGGCAGGAGAUUCAAGAACUUCAUCUCUGUUGCUGUGACGUUCUUGGUAAUUCUGAAUGUUAUGCAAUGUGUCAGGCGCAGUUCCCAUUGGAGGACAGAGGAAGAUCUUUUUACAAGCGCUUUGUCAGUUUGUCCCUUCAAUGCCAAGGUACACUACAAUGUUGGCAAAAAUCUAGCUGACCGAGGAAAAGAAAUAUCUGCCAUCCAAUAUUAUAGAGAAGCUGUUAGACUCAAUCCAAAAUAUGUCCAUGCCAUGAACAAUCUGGGAAACAUCUUAAAGGAAAGGAAGGAACUACAUGAAGCAGAGAAGCUACUCUCCAGAGCUGUAGCCAUUCAACCUGAUUUUGCUGCUGCCUGGAUGAAUCUUGGGAUCGUACAGAACAGUUUGAGCAAAUUUGAAGAGGCUGAAAGGAGUUACUGGACAGCAAUAAAAUACAGAAAAAAAUAUCCAGACUGCUACUACAAUUUAGGACGUCUGUAUGCAGACCUGCACCGUACUGUAGAUGCUCUCAAUGCAUGGCAGAAUGCUACUCUUCUCAAACCUAACCACAGUCUGGCUUGGAAUAACUUGAUCAUAUUACUUGAUAACACAGGCAAUUUAGCACAAGCUGAAGCAGUUGGAAAAGAAGCUCUAAAAUUACUACCCAAUGAUCACACAAUCAUGUUUUCAUUCGCAAAUGUGCUCGGUAAAUUGAAAAAGUACAAGGAAUCUGAAAAUCUGUUUCUAAAAGCGCUUCAGAUAAAUCCUACCAUAGCAAGCUAUCAUGGAAAUUUAGCCGUACUUUACCAUCGAUGGGGCAGACUCGAUCUGGCCAGUGAACGAUACAAACUCGCUCUGAAGCUUGAUCCAGCCUCUCCGGGGAUUGCGGAGAACUACAGCUUGCUGAAGAAAAAAUUUGAACAAGCCAGGAAAGGCUGAUGGUGAUGGGAGAAAGUUAAGGACUAGCAAGGGCUCACUGUUAGAAAAUGGUGAACUGCAGCGCUGUUGAAUUGGACUUGCACGUAAAUCUCAGCACAAGCUAGCUAUCCAUCAUGUUUGUACUGUGACGGUGCUAGUUCCCUAUCAUCUUAGUCCUGUUUCUCUGUACCCUUACUUAAUUCCCUCUUAAAUGUUACAGUUGUCUCAUUUGCUGUAGACACUUGCACUGAUACACUGGUUUGGAAAGCCUGGUCCAGUUCCACACAUUAACAGACUCCAUCAGUCUUGGAGCUGGGAUGUCAUUAUCAGAAUCUGAUAAACCCCUCAACCCAGUGUUGCAAGUUGUGGAGUGGCAUGAGCUUGGACCCAGACGUAAGAGAGGUAGAAUACACAGGAAGAGGGUGAGGCCAUUCAGCCCCUCAAACCUGUUCUGCCUUACAGCUAGAUCAUGGCUGACCUGUAUCUUAACCCCAUCUGCCCAUCUUUGUUCCGUAACCUAUAAUACCCAUACCCAACAAAAAUCUAUCAACCUCAGUUGAAAUUUUCAGUUGACCUCUAGCAUUAACAGCCUUUUGGGGGAGAGAGUUCCAAUUACCAUUCCCUCGUUGUGUGAAGAAGUGCUUCCUGACAUCGCUGCUGAACCUCCCUGGCUCUAACUUUAAGGUUCUGUCCCCUUUGUUCUGGUCUCCUUGCACAGAGGAAAUAGUUUCUCGCUCUCUCCGCCCUACCAAUUCCAUAAACAUCUCCAUCAGAUCACUGUCUUCUAAACUAGAGGGAAUACAAGUCCAGUACAUGCAAGCUUCUCAUAGUUUGAUCCUUUUAGCUCUGGUAAAUCUAUGCUGUGUCCCCUCCAAGGUUAGUGUAUCCUUUCUGAGGAUAACUGAAUGCAGUUAUUCCAAAUGGAGUCUAGCCAAAGCUUUAUACAUCUGUAGCAUUGUAUUCUUGACCACUUGAAAUUAAUGACCAAUGUUCCAUUAGCUCUUCCAAUUUUUUUUGUGUGUAUCUGCCAACUAGCUUCUUGUGACUUCCAUACUUGGACCCCUAAAUCUCUCUGCUCCUCCACAGUUAACUUCUCACCAUUUAGACAACACUGCUCUAUCUUUCUUGGGUCCAAAUCAAAUGACUUUGGUGACAGGAGAGAGUAGGGAGUGCCUGGCUUCUGUUGAGUUUGCCCAGUUUGUAACCUGUUUCGUGUGUCCAUUGAGGAGAGGUGUGGAGAAAUCACAGCAUAAUCCCUCUGCACCUUGGAAGAUACUGAACAAAAACCUGCAACCUUUUCAAUUUAUGUUGAGGUAUUUUUCAUUGUUUGUAAAUGUGUCUUCAUUUGGAUCACCUUGAGAAUUGUCAAAAUCAGGAGAGGACAUAUAAGCAAACGGAGUUUAUAUUGAAACUCAGUUGUCCAAUGGGAACAUUAAUGGCAUGUUUUGAAUUGUACAUAUUUGAAGCUGUAAAGCAUUUAUAUUGUCAUUAAAAUAUGCUUUUACAUCCAA